UAGCCUGUUAGUGGAAAGCCCAUACCAUUUGAAAGCAACAGCUCUAUAUAUCCGAACAUGGUCCGGUCCCUUCAUCGUCUGGCGUCCUCCCGCUUCUUCCCCAUUUCGAAAUAACCUACUGUCCUGCUCUCCGCUCCCCAUCACGUCCUCAAUAAGCUAUCCACACUUUCAAACGGCUAUUCAGAUAUAAUCUCUUCGCUGUUCAGUUGAAAUCAAUCUACUGAUUCCGUCCAUCAAAGGAAGUUGGGGAAGAACCAGCGAGAAAACCCUAAUUAGUUGGCUUGGUGUAGACGAUCGGCCUUGAAGUGUGGAGUUUGAGGCACUGUUCUUCCUCACAGACGAAUGGCUAUGGAGAUCACCAACUUUCUAAUAUCUGCUCAGUCUGCUGAUUCAAAGACCCGGACUGAUGCAGAAGCAACUCUUUCUCAGUUCAAAGAGCAGAACCUAUCAUCAUUUCUUCUGUCACUGGCAGUUGAACUAUCCAAUGAUGGAAAACCUACUGAAUCUCGCAGACUGGCUGGUCUUAUUCUUAAGAACUCUUUGGAUGCAAAAGAAGCUUCCAGGAAAGAAAUCCUUGUUCAGAAGUGGACCGCGAUUGAUAUCUCACUUAAGUCCCAAAUAAAAAGUUUUCUUCUAAAUACACUCACCUCUUCCGUACGUGAUGCCAGUCAUACUUCUUCCCAAGUCAUUGCUAAGAUUGCUUCAAUUGAAAUCCCACGGAAAGAGUGGCCUGAACUUAUUGGAUUGUUACUUGCAAAUAUGACUCAGCCAGGCAGCUCUGCAUCUCUUAAGCAGGCUACUUUGGAAACACUUGGCUAUGUUUGUGAGGAGAUAUCACACCAUGAUCUUGCCCAAGAGGAAGUCAAUGCUGUGUUGACUGCUGUGGUGUCAGGCAUGACUGUUGGAGAACAGAGUCCUGAAAUCCGUCUUGUUGCAACUAGGGCUUUAUACAACGCACUUGUUUUUGCCCAAACCAACUUCCAGAAUAAGAUGGAACGUGAUUACAUCAUUAAGGUGGUUUGCGAGGCAACCACAGCUAAGGAGGUGGAGAUUAGACAGGCUGCUUUUGAGUGUCUUGUUUCUAUUGCAUCAACAUACUAUGAGGUUCUUGAGCCUUAUAUGCAGAUAAUAAUCGAUCUAUCUUCAAAGGCAGUCAAAGAAGAUGUGGAGGCAGUUGCUCUUCAAGCUAUAGAAUUGUGGAGCUCUAUAUGCGAUGAAGAGAUAGAGCUUCAGGACUAUGAAGAAGACUCUGAGAGCGGGGAAUCUGGGGCUCAACACUCCCGUUUCAUUGAGAAAUCUCUUCCCUUUUUAGUUCCCAUGUUGCUUGAAACUUUAUUGAAGCAAGAUGAAGAUCAGGAUCAUGAUGAUGAUAUCUGGAAUUUGGCCAUGGCUGGUGGCACAUGUCUCGGUCUUGUAUCCAGAACUGUUGGAGAUGCGGUUGUUCCCCUUGUGAUGCCAUUUGUUGAGACCAACAUACUAAAGCCAGAGUGGAGGUCACGUGAAGCUGCAACUUAUGCAUUUGGUUCAAUUCUUGACGGCCCAAGCAUCGAGAAGCUCUCUCCCAUGGUUGCCGCUGGUUUUGAUUUUCUGCUCAAUGCCAUGAAAGAUGCAAACAGCCACGUGAGAGAUACCACUGCUUGGACUCUCAGCCGUAUUUUUGAGUUAUUACACAAACCAGCAUCUGGAUAUUCUGUGCUAUCACCUAACAACCUCCAGAGGGUUGCAGGGGUGUUGCUGGAAAGUAUUAAGGAUGCACCUCAUGUUGCUGAAAAGGUUUGUGGGGCCAUCUAUUUUCUCGCUCAGGGGUAUGAGGAUGCGGGCCCAGCUUCCUCACUGCUGACUCAGUAUGUUCCUGAUUUCGUAGGUGCCCUUGUUACUGCCGCUGACCGUGUGGAUGCAAACGAUACGAAACUUCGUUCCUCUGCAUAUGAAACCCUGAAUGAAAUCGUAAGGUGUGCCAACCUUUCAGAAACAGCUUCUAUCAUUGUUCAGCUUUGCCCUGUGAUCAUGAACAAACUGGAUAAUACCAUUAACCUUCAGAUUCUAUCCUCAGAUGACAGAGGAAAGCAGGCAGACUUACAAGCCUCACUCUGUGGUGUUCUCCAGGUCAUCAUCCAGAGGCUUAGCAGCACUGAAGAGACGAAAUCUUUGAUUCUCCAAGCUGCUGAUCAGAUUAUGAUUUUAUUCCUUAAGAUAUUCACCUGUCGUAGCUCAGUUGUUCACGAAGAAGCCAUGCUCGCUAUUGGUUCAUUGGCUUAUGCGACUGGCCCGGGGUUUGAGAAGUACAUGCAUGAGCUCUACAAGUACCUGGAGAUGGGACUCCAGAAUUUUGAGGAAUACCAAGUGUGUGCCAUCACGGUGGGAGUAGUUGGGGACAUUUGUCGUGCUUUGGAUGAAAAGAUCUUACCAUUCUGUGACGGCAUCAUGUCACUUCUACUUAAAGAUCUGUCUAGUGGGGAGCUGAACCGUUCGGUGAAGCCUCCAAUAUUCUCAUGCUUUGGGGAUAUUGCCCUGGCCAUAGGGGAAAAUUUUGAGAAGUAUGUGGAGUUUGCUUUGCCCAUGAUGAAGAGUGCAGCCGAGGUGUGCGCGAAUCUGGAUUAUGAGGAUGAGGAGAUGGCUGAUUAUGGGAACCAGUUGAGGCGUAGUAUUUUCGAGGCGUAUUCAGGCAUACUGCAGGGGUUUAAGAAUUCCAAGCCGGAUUUGAUGCUGCCCCAUGCACCUCAUUUGCUCCAGUUCCUCGAACUAGUUGCCCAAGACCGAAAUAGAUAUGAGAGUGUUACGAAAGCUGCAGUUGCUGUGUUGGGUGAUUUGGUAGAUUCGUUGGGUACAAAUGUGAAGGCACUGUUGAGUGAUCGGGUGUUUUGCAAUGCGUUUUUGGGGGAAUGUCUUCAGUCAGAUGAUGAACAGCUCAAGGAGACCGCCACAUGGACCCAAGGGAUGAUUGGGCGGACCUUCUCUAUUUGUGGGUAAAAUGGUAAAUGAAUGCUGCUCUUUCUCUCUACCAAGUUUUGCUUCCAGUAAUGUUGGAUGGGUUUGAUGCAUCCCAGAAACUGGGAGAGUUUCUAAGGCUACAGUGUCGUAUGUUGGUGUAUGGAAAGGUGUCUAUUUUUUCCUUUUCCUUUUUGUGAAGUUCUAAAAGGCCAGGCCACCUAUUUCUCUCAGUAACCUGACCAAUUUACUAUAGUGGCAUUUGAUGAGAUGCUCUCAUUAGUUAUUUAUUUAAUCAAAAUCAGCUUCAGCUACUAUU